CUCGAAAUGUCUCGAGGCUCGAGCAGAAUGUCACUCAAUCACCUUCCAAUGAAAACCCAGGUACAUACCUUAAUUACUACAAAGUAAUACCACUUAUAAUUUGCUCCUUUACCACAUGGCCGACACCCUAGAUAGGAGAUCUGACCAUGGACACUUCACCUCCAUCCCAUGGUGCGCCCGACACCUUCGCGGCUCAAGAAUUAUCACCCAAUCACCAGAAUGUCGGCUACAGAAGCUAAAUGGCGAAGAUUCAUUAUACUCCGAGACUCUCAAGUCACAAACUACAAUCAUGGCCAUGUUACAAGUCUACGAGGAGCCUCCUUCGCCCACGGACCGCGUCAAUUCCGGCAAGGCUUUUUUGACGCUAGGUCCCGGCUUGGCCGGGCACGCGGGCGUUUGCCAUGGGGGCAUCGUCGUUACGAUUCUCGAUGAAGUCAUGGGUUUUCUCAUCUCCCUCAACCAGAAACGGGGACAUACGCCGGAAGUGCCUUAUAUGACGGCGUAUCUGAACACGAAAUUCUUUAAACCUGUUCCUACAUGCGCAACCAUUCUAGCCCAAACCAAAAUCAUAAAGCUGGAGGGUCGGAAGUUUCUCGCAGAGGCAUGGAUUGAAGACAGUAAUGGGAUUGUGUUAGCUCGUGCCGAGGCUUUAUUCCUCGCCAUCAAGAGCGUUUUAUAAUAGAGUAACGAUACCUCUAGAGUGAUGAUACCUCUUUAGAUUAUAGCCAUUAAAUUAUGAGUCGUCGUUGUGUUUGCGAUUUGCGAGGGAUUCGAUUAUAUAUCGGAUGUACCUAAGCCAUCUUAACAACGAGAUAUCUAUUCCGAGAAAGUGCAACAUUCUAAGAUGCACGUCAUACCAUUUCUAGCGAAGGAGGUAGACAACAAGCCACAUAUAUGGGGAUAGUCCGGAUGGUCCGGGUGGCGCUCGGGAUUUAAUGUGGGUAGUUCUCCGAAGUGCGACCCGCAACCCGCAAUGGCAAUCACCUCCCACCAUAAUAUUGAUCCUACUUGCAGUGCAAUCCAAUAUUUUUUACUUAAUUUACUUAGAUACUUUAUACUCAAGAUAAUAAAAAUAAGUAUAUAAGCUCAUACUAAUUGGUACUACCUACUUGUACUCAAGCUUUUAUCCCCAAAGUAGGACAGUCAUUAACUAUGGCAUAAUAAGUUAGGUACCUACUUUAUCCUUAUGAGUUGAUAAAAAGUUAAACCUGGAGACUCUUUAAUGU